AUGUACCCCUCAAAGAUAUUCGUCGCGAUCACUGGUUUUCUCGGAGCAAGUCAGGCAGUAGCAAACCAAGCUCGCGCUCUCAAUGACGCCCAGGAUGCCCAACCAGGCCUCGCUGCUCGACAACAGUCAGCCUGCGCUACAGCAGCCUCAUCAAUCCUCAGCUCAGUCCCAACCGGAAAUGGCGGGUUCGCCAGCGUUGUCAAUUCGCUCUUGGGAACAGGUGGCGUCAUAAGUCCUACACGAGUCUGCCAAGUCAUUUCUGCGCUCCCGUCCUCCCUCGAGUCUGAGUUCUCGUCCUACGACAACGCAGUGGCCACAUGGUUCAGCUCCGAGAGCUCCCGGAUCGACUCAUUGGUUUCUUCUUGCUCCAAUGACACCGGUGUGCAGAGUCUCGCGUCCAUGACAUCGGGCCUUGCGGCUUAUGCGAGUGGAUGUAAUGCCACAACCACCUCGGGAGGCUCUUCCACUGGCGCCAGCUCAAGUGGAAGCAGCGGCACAGGUUCGGCUACUGCGGGUUCCUCGGCCGGCGGCGCGCCGAGGGAAACUGGAUUUGUCGCUGGUGUUGUUAUGGCUGCCGGUUUCCUGGGGGCUGUUGCGAUGUUGUAG